AUGGAACCUCUGGGACUCAACCUGCUCACGGCAAGCGACCAAAUCAACAUCGAUGACAAUUUUCAGGCUGAUUUGGAGGUCGCGGUGAAAGCGGAAGUUGCGAAACAAAUGGAAAUCAUGACAACCCAACUAGCCACCAGAAUCAUGGCGAGAUCGGGAGGUCUACCCUAUGUUUAUACCCCAGAAAUUCAGAUCAGUGACAUUGCGGAUCGAGUCUCUCGAGCUGCGGACAGAGCAUCUGAAAUCUCGCCUUUCCAUUGUGGGCCAAAACUUUCUCAACGUGGGCCAGGAUAUCUGGAACUUGGUGUGGUCCACAUUGUGGAACUACCUGGGCAUGAGCAAUCCCGGGUUGUGACCCAGCCCCGGCGACCGAACGAGGAUCGGGACAUCCAAGGCUUCGUGGGCGCGUCAAGCGUAAUCAAUCCAGGAACCUGCCCAGAAGCGUUCUAA